GCCUACAAGGGAAGACGAGCAUCAAACCAUCAGGAAGAGCUGAAAUCUGCAAAGACAGAGUUUAUAGAAGAACCGUGAGAACAUGAGAGAUCCAGAACACUGCAGAAUGAAACACACUGAAGAACAAAGAGGCCUGGUGGAUGAGAAUGAAGAAGUGAAUAAAGUGGAGAAAGAAAGAUCUUUCACUUGCCGUCAGUGUGGAAAGAGUUUCACACGGAAAGGGAGUCUCAAUAUUCACAUGAGGAUCCACACUGGAGAGAGACCGUUCGCAUGUGGUCAGUGUGGAAACGGCUUCAAGCGAAAACAUCACCUUGAGGUUCACAUGAGGAUCCACACCGGAGAGAAAUCGUUCACAUGUGAUCAGUGUGGGAAGAGUUUUACUCAAUAUGCUAACCUUAAGAUACACAUGAACGUCCACACUGGAGAAAAACCGUUCACAUGUGAUGAGUGUGGAACGAGUUUUAGUCAACAUGUUCACCUUAAGAUACACAUGAAUGUCCACACUGGAGAAAAAACGUUCACAUGUGAUCAGUGUGGAAAGAGUUUUGCACAGAAAGGAACCCUUAAGGGCCACAUGACCAUCCACACUGGAGAGAAACUGCAUGGAUGUGAUCAAUGUGGCAAAAUAUUUUUGUUGGCUUCCGCCCUGAAGAUUCACAUAAAACUUCCUUCAAAGGAAAAACCACAUUCAUGUCCCUCAUGUGGAAAGAGAUUUUCACUUCUUCAAUAUUUAAAAAUACAUCAGCAAAUACAUACUGGGCUAAGGAAUCACGUGUGCUUUGAGUGUGACAAGACCUUUACUAAAGCUCAAUAUUUGCAUCGGCACCAGAAAAUCCACACUGGAAAGAAACCUUACAUGUGUUCACACUGCGACAUAAGAUUUACUGAUUCAAGAGACCUGAAAAGACAUGAGAUGAUUCACACUGGAGAAAAACCUUACAUGUGUUCACACUGUUACAAGAGAUUCAGUCGUUCAGCACAUCUGAAAGCACAUGAGAGGAUCCACACUGGAGAGAAACCGUUUCGCUGCAGUGCAUGUGGGAAGAGUUUCACUCAUUCAUCUACUCUACACUAUCAUGCCAAAACUCACGUUAAGUAGCUUAUCUUUAGUUCCAGAACUUUAAAGUUGGAAGCCACAUCUCUUCCCUUUUAGACCAUCCUAGUUGGAGUGAGUGAAGUUGAGUUUCAUUUUAUGUUCAAUUUUGUGUAGUUAGUUUACACUUUUAUAAAGAAAAGUAUAAGGUUAAUGUUUUUAUUAUUAUUACAAACUCGUUCUGCUCAAGAUGCAGAAGAGGCUGAUUUAUUUUAAAAUUCGUUGUUUUCUAAUCAAAAGGUUAUUCAGAUUAGAGAUAUAAUG